AUGACCCCCAGCCUCACGGCCCUGCUCUGCCUCGGGCUGAGUGUGGGUCUGAGGACCCAGGUGCAGGCAGGCACCCUCCCCAAACCCACCAUCUGGGCUGAGCCAGGCUCUGUGAUCCCCUGGGGGAGCCCCGUGACCAUCCGGUGUCAAGGGACCCUGAGGGCCCGGGAGUUCCAUUUGGAUAAAGAGGGAAGCUCACCUCCCUGGGAGAGACAGCCCCAACUGGAGCCCGGGGACAAGGGCAAGUUCUCAAUCUCACACAUGACACAGUCCUACGCAGGGAGAUAUCACUGUUACUAUCACAGCCGCACUGGCUGGUCAGAGAGCAGUGACCCCCUGGAGCUGGUGGUGACAGGGGCCCACGGGAAACCCACCCUCUCAGCCCUGCCGAGCCCUGUGGUGACCUCGGGAGGGACCGUGACCCUCCAGUGUGGCUCAUGGGAGGGACUGGACCGGUUCAUUCUGACUAAGGAAGGAGAACCCAAGUCCUCCUGGACCCUGGAUGCACAGCGAGGCCCCCAGGGGCAGACCCAGGCCCUGCUCCCCGUGGGUCACGUGACCCCCAGCCACAGGUGGAUGUUCAGAUGCUACAGCUUUUACAGGGACACCCCCCAGGUGUGGUCGGCCCCCAGCGACCCCCUGGAGCUCCUGGUCCCAGGUGUGUCUGGGAAGCCCUCCCUCCUGACCCCGCAGGGCCCUGUCGUGGCCUCUGGACAGAGCCUGACCCUCCAGUGUCGCUCUGACGUCGGCUAUGACAGAUUCGCUCUGUCCCAGGACGGGGGACAGGCCCUCCCCCAGCGCCCUGGCCGGCAGCCGCAGCCUGGGCUCUCUCAGGCCGACUUCCCCCUGCGCCCGGUGACCAACACCCACGCGGGCCGGUACAGAUGCUACGGUGGACACAACCUCUCCUCCGAGUGGUCGGCCCCCAGUGACCCCCUGGACAUCCUGGUGGCAGGGUGGCUCCCUGACACGCCCUCCCUCUCGGUGCAGCCGGGCCCCGUGGUGGCCUCAGGAGAGAACGUGACCCUGCUGUGUCAGUCACUGAGCACAAGGGAUACUUUCCUUCUGUCCAAGGAGGGGGCAGCCCAGCCCCCACUGCGUCUUAGAUCAAAGUACCGAGGUGGGCAUUACCAGGCCGAAUUCUCCAUGGGUCCCGUGACCUCAGCCCACAAUGGGACCUACAGGUGCUACAGCUCACUCAGCAGUAACCCCUACCUGCUGUCACACGCCAGUGCCCCCCUGGAGCUCGCGGUCUCAGACUACACAGUGGAGAAUCUCAUCCGGAUGGGCAUGGCCGGCUCAAUCCUGCUGGGCCUCGGGAUUCUGCUCUUUCAGGCUCAACACGGCCACGGAGGAGCCCAAGAUGCAGCCAGGAGCUGA